UGCACCAUUAAGCUCUCUAUUAAGGUGGAGAAUCCUAGGAGCAUCUCUAUGCUACUAGUCUUCCAUACACGCCACAUGUGCAGCCGCCAUGUCAUCUGCCACAUGUGACACCACUUCCCAACACUUAACGUUACGCCCAACUAACUAAUACGCAAACCUCAGUCCUGUGUCAAUUUCGCUCCGCUUUAGAGUUAGUUAUCCGUCCAUUACAAUUAGAAGAAAGUUACUUAAAUGCGGCCCAUAUGAUUUUAACCUUUUUAGUCUUGAUUUUAACCAACUCAUGAUUUAUUAUUGGUCGAACCAAAAUCCAAAUGUCAGGUUGUUACAACGCAACCCCCAAUCGUUGGUAAAGGACUUCCUGGAUCAUUUAGCAGCUUAUGAGGUUAACCAAUGCAUAAGGCACCUCCUAGCUUAUUCGGCGAGAACUCUAGUCCCGAGUCGGGAUCGUGCCAAGUAGUGAUCGUAGGACAAGUGAUCCAUGGAUAAAGAGAAAGAUCAUGGACUCACUUAUUUAGGUGCUCAUUUUUUCUUUUUCUUUAAAGAUGGUUGGAACUCCUUUUUUAUUUUCUUGUUUUUUUCUUCUUUUGUGUGGGUUCCAACCUGCUAUUUUCAGAAAACGGGGCUCCCACCUAGCAAAGGUUUUGCGGGAUCCCAACUCUUACCGGCCAUGCGGGAGCAGAUGUCUCAAGCCUCGUGCGAGGGAAAGAAAUGUAAGGGGGCUAGAGCCUGGAGGUAGUAGGUAGAAGAUGGGAACGAAUUCCGUCUCCCCUUACACACUUUCACCGAUUUCCAUACGGGAGACAUUGUUUUAAAAGCAUAGUUUAGAGCACCUUUUCCAAAACAUGAUACAGAGUCCAUGACAGGUAGAAAGUCCACAAUACCACACGAUUCAAGUAUCAUAAGAUCACUAAUUCACACAAUCAUCCAACACAACAUGAAAAAGAAAUGAGACUUCUUAAAUGCAUCAACAUCCUCCAUAGUGCUACACUACCUCCCUAUGUUGCAUAUUACUAUAAAGACUGUCAAUUCAAAGCAUACUGAGCAGACAAUUGCAAGGAACACGCACUUGGAGCCCUCAAAUCGAAAUUUGGACAAUGUACUAGGCUCCAAGCACAAGACACAUAUAAGCAGUCAAAUAGAAACACCCUCCACACUUAAGUUCGACAUUGGCCUCAAUGGAGAAGAGGAAUGAUAAGGGAAAUGAUGUUAUCGAGAAAAACAUACUGCAGCGGGACUGGAGAGGGGACUAGUCAGCAAAGGACUAGAAGUGGGACCAGUCAGGGCAAGGACACGGGCUAGAACAAAAAACAAUCACUCGAACACAAGUCGUUAGGUGGGCUCGACAAACACACAAACCGACUCAAAAUAUCAAAAAUAAAAAACAAAGAGAAGAAAAUGCAAACCGUGGUGGGGUUGCCUCCCCACAAGCGCUUAUUUACCGUCUUUUAGCUGGACACCUACGGUGGAUGCUUAGGACAGUGGAAGAAUAGGUGCCUCCAAGAGCGGAUCCACCUCGCUCUUGAGGUACAACUUCAGAUGUUGACAAUGCACACGACAGUUGUGGCUAUCAGCACAUGUCAACUCGACCUGGCCAUCCGGCAGGAUGCAAGCAAGUGAAUACUCGGAUAGCCAGGGUGGUCGUGGCUUAGGAGCUGUGACUAGCUCAUAGUGGUCUCCAGCUUUCUUUUUGGCAGGCUCGGCAGCCUACAGCUUCGGCCGCCACUCCUCCUUGAGCUUUUCUUUUGGUAACGGGACAAACGGUAGUGGCAACAAAGGAAUGAGUGGAGAAUCCUGCAAAAUGGAACGCACGAAAUGAUACACGACAGACUCGUACACCUGGUGAGAUAAAGCAUGCACAGGCGAGGUAACAGUAAUAUUAUUAGCAAUAUAAAAUGUUAUAUGCUCCUUACCAUCUCUCAAGACUAAGGUCCCAUCAUGCACAUCAAUAAGACGGUCGGUGAUUAACAGUGAAACGAUUUGUAAAGUUAAUGAACAAUAAAAAAGAAAAAUAAUUCAAGUGGAAAAUGUAAAAGAUUUGCAACAUUUGAGUGACCAACUUGUAAUUUAGGGGUCGUUUGGAUGUGGAAAUGUAAUGCAGUAAUCGGACUCAAUUACCACAUAAUACAAUAAUUGGGUUAAAAAUCCACGUUUGGGAGAGCAAAAAGGGUAUGAGAAUUGGACCAUGGAAAUUGGCUUCAAUUACCACAUUCAUGGUAAUUGAGAAUACUACACCUCCCCCUAGUAAUUUGACAUUACCACGUUUUCUUACUUCUUUUUCCAAAUUUCACACCAUCAAUUCCCAUGUUAAAUUUUUUCAAUUUCCAUAAGUUAAUUCCUUGGUUUUGUAAAACAUAAAAAUUCAGACAAAUUCCAACUUUUUCAAAUUUCCACAUCCAAACUACCCCUAGCCUUUUAAUUUGUGAUGCCAGGCCGUCUGUAGCCAUGGCCCAUGAGGGACAUGUUAUGUACCGUUUCUUGUGUCCUUCUAACUCUAAGCCCUUCUCCAACUAAUGAAUCAGAUUAUCAACGGUAAAUUCUGGACCGGGCUUAGGCUUUUUUUUUUUUUUUUUUUGACAACAUGGCUUAGGCUCUCGUUUAUAAGAGAUUAUCUACUCAAUGGAUCUAGGAAAUUAGGGAUUUCUAUCUCUUCCUUGUCUUCUGCACUACUAGCUAACCCUUACUCCUCCGGUGGCGCUAUCUUGCACCCGCCUGUUUGUCUACCGCUAUGGCGACUGAGAACUGCACCACGGUUUUGGAUCAACUGCUAGACGCAGCUUUUUUACCUCCUCGCGGCUGCAGAAAGAGACGGUCCCGUUCAGAGGUAAAUCCUCGUUCUCCGAUGAUCAGCAAACUCGGAAACGAUCUCCUCGUCGAAAUUCUGAUUCGCCUCCCGAAUCCUAGAUGUGCCUGCCGGAGCAAAGUCGUCUGCAAGCUGUGGAGAUCCCUGAUUUCUGAUCCCUGCUUCAGUCGUCGUUUCCUUUCUCACCACCAGCGCAUGAACAAACCACCUCCUCCUCAACUUCUUCUCUCAGAUGACAGGGAAUCGGCCGUCCUGAGAUUUCUCCCCACACCCGUUGAAGAGGGAGGCUACCGUUCACUGCUUUUCGCAGUUUUUGAUUGUUUCAAGGACUUGCUUUUAUGCGGGUUUGGGGAACUAGGUGACCGCCAUACUAAUGCUGAACUUGCCAGAUCGUACUUGAUCUGCAAUCCUUUUACGAAGCAAUGGAUCGCUCUCCCUUUGGCCCCCGAAAGACCCGUCGGGCUUACGGAGUUGUGUGCAAGGUUAGUUUGCGAACCCUUGAUUUCUGAUAGUCUUGAUCUAGGAGGUGGCUAUGAGUAUCGGUUCCGCGUGGUCUGCAUAUAUCAAGAUAGGAAUUCCAUGAAGCUAGAUGUGUUCUCUUCCGACUCUGGAAAAUGGAAGAAGGAGGCUCUCGUUAUUCAAGGUUGUCGCAGACACCGAAUGAUUGAUGUUGUUUCCUGCAAUGGGCUUUUAUAUGUGCCCUAUCUUAGAACACAAGACAAAUAUGUUGGCUUGCCUAAGCCUUUCAUUACUGGUUUCAAUCUUUUCCGCCUUGAUAUACCUCCCACUCCUAUUGAUGUUUCCCCAAUCCUUGAGAAAUGGUGGUGGUGGAAUAUCUCGGUUUCACAAGGUGCUCUGCACUUGAUUGUGUUUGAGGACGGCACUAAGCCUGCUAGUUCGAGGAUUGUCUUGAGUGUGUGGAGGCUAAAUGAAGCCAGUAACUGUUGGAGGAAGGUGUGUGAGGGGUCGGUGAAGCCAAAGGGUGAGUACAGACUGGAGUCCAUUUUGUUUCCUACUCUACAUCCAGAGAAGCCGCAAACUGUCUUCUUUGCUCUAAUUGCUGGUGGUGGUAGGGAUUGUCGUGUGUCCUGCGAUUUAAGGAGGGGGGGAAAGUUAGAGUUUGUCGCUCGACUAACUCAAAUUUUUACCGGUUGGAAGGUGUUCCAGCCUAUGGCCUCUUGCUGGCCUACUCCGAUUCCAAGGUACCAGAAGCUGAGAGUUGCCUACAAUGGAAGCUACAACUAUUGGGUUCAGAGCAAUGAACCAAUAGCCCCCUCAAUAACUGAAGAAUGGCAAGGAGUUGAACAAUCUGGUAACUGGAAGAAGCCAAAGGUGGCGAAUGGCUCACCUCUUCUCAAGGAUAGGAUGGACGUUGGCGGAAGAAGGUCUGUGUUAUCUCUUGAUUAAAGGAAAUUUGUUUAUCAGUUGGUUUGGAAUUGCUAGUGGAAUUGGUAGCUAUCAUGGAAGGGUCAUGCUGUAUGUUGGAUUUCGAAAGUAAUGUAUUGUAUCAUAUACCCAUGAAGCUCUGUGCUCUUCAAUCGAAAGCGCAAAAGUCCCACAUGAAUCCAGGGACUCCUUCCCUCUAGGGGUGUCGGUUCGGGUCGGGUUCGGUUACCCAAAUCGAAACCCGAAAAACCGAAACCGAAAAUCACCAAAACCGAACCCGAUAAGGCCUUGCGGGUUUCGGUUACCCGAUAAGGCCUUGCGGGUUUCGGUUACCCGAAACCUUACCCGAAAAUUCCUUAUCGGGUUCGGGUUCGGUUAAAGCAAAACCGAAACCCGAAAACCCGAACACUUAAAAAUACGGGCUGAGUUCUAUUCAUUGGAGAUUUUUAUCCGGAACUCGAAAAACCGAUAAGCAAAACCGAACCCGAAACCGAAAAACCCGAAACCCGAAACGAACCCGAACCCGAAAAUCCGAAAAUGUAUAUAAUCGGGUCGGUUUCGGGUAAACCCGAAAAACCGAACCCGAAUGGACACCCCUACUUCCCUCCCAAAAUACAUUACAUCUUUCUUCCUGAUCCAAAUUGUAUGACGCAGUCGGCUCGGCUGUGGUUUAAAUAAUAAACGAAUGGUUAGCAUCAAAAUAUCAUAAUUUUUGUUAUAUGUUUAAUCAAAAAUUGCACUUAAC